UUGUUUAGGGAAUUCUUGCGCAUGCUCAGUAGCAUUGUUUUGUUUUUAUACAAGUGACCUUGCACCCUGAUGACAGCUGGGCACUGGCUGAAAUUACGGACUUAUAAAACAGCUGGUCUUAUCUCUCCGGUUAAAUUAUGUCUGUGAAACACGCCAUUAUCCGGGGACUGGAGUUAGGCCGGUCGGUCCUUCAGCUGGGUCUCCUCAAAUCGGGUGCCCGAGUCGCAGCAAAGCUCCGAGCUGACCGUUUCCGGGUAGGCCCGUCGGUCCGCACCGUUCAGCCUCAGGCUUUCCUGCCGUCUCGGUACCGGUAUUAUCGCACCUUUCUGAAGGGCCUAUCAGCUCAGCUUCAGUCCGCCGGUUUCAGGAGGAGGUUUACCGGCGCGUCCCCGCGAAACAGGGCCGUGUUUUUGGCUUUCGGUCUCGGCGCGGGGCUCAUCGAACAGCAGCUUGAGGACGACAGAAAGAGCUCGGCGACCUGUCAGGAGAUCCAGGCUCUGUUCAGGAAGAAAAAAUUCCGAAGCCCACUCAAGCCAUUCACCUCUGGAUAUAAACUGGAGGAUUAUGUUAUUGGGAACCAAAUUGGGAAAGGCUCUAAUGCAGCUGUGUAUGAGGCUGCAGCCCAGUUUGCCGCUCCAAAGGAGAGUGACAGGAAGUGUUCUGUGGUGGAGCUGAGAGAACACGAAGAGGAUGGAGAGACUCCACGAUCUCUGACAUGCUGCUCGCUAAAAAACUUCCCUCUGGCCAUCAAGAUGAUGUGGAACUUUGGGGCAGGUUCAUCAAGUGAGGACAUAUUAACAUCCAUGUCACAGGAGCUGGUGCCAGCAGGCCCAUUGGCCUUAAAGCAGGAAAAAGAACAAGUUACCCUGGAUGGACAGUUUGGAGUCCUGCCCAAAAGACUGUCAGUGCACCCUAAUGUGAUCAGCGUGUGCCGGGCUUUCACAGCAGACGUCCCAUUGCUCCCAGGUGCCCAAGAAGAGUAUCCAGCUGUGCUGCCAGCCAGGCUUAACCCUGCUGGUCUGGGCAACAAUCGUACUCUUUUCCUGGUCAUGAAGAACUAUCCAUUUACGCUGCGACAGUACCUUGAAGUGUCCACGCCAGACCACAGGCAGGCCUCUCUGAUGGUGCUGCAGCUCCUCGAGGGGGUCGACCAUCUUUACAGACAGGGUGUGGCUCACAGGGAUCUCAAAUCAGACAACGUGUUGUUGGAGUUUGACUCAGAUGGUUGCCCUCGUUUAGUGAUUACUGACUUUGGCUGCUGUCUGGCCCAGAGAGACUCCAGUCUACAGCUGCCCUUCUACAGCCAGUGGGUAAACAGAGGAGGGAAUUCCUCCCUUAUGGCACCUGAGGUGGCCACUGCAGUUCCAGGAUGUGGUGUGGUGAUUGACUACAGCAAGGCAGACGCCUGGGCUGUGGGUGCCAUCUCGUAUGAGAUAUUCGGACAGAAUAACCCGUUCUAUAGAGCAGUGGGACUAGAGAGCAGGAAGUACUGGGAGAAGCAGCUUCCUCCUCUGCCUUCCAGUGUUCCAGCUGAUGUGCAGUUAGUGAUCCGAUUUCUCCUCAGGAGGAACCCAAACAAGCGCCCCAGUGCUCGUGUAGCUGCUAACAUGCUACAUCUCAGCCUGUGGGGACGAAGCGACAGCGCUGGCAUAAAGAAGCUAGCCGACUGGCUGCUGUGCCAGUCUGCUGUGGUUCUACUGAAGGGCUGUAGCAGACCCAGUGGGAACAGAGUGGACGCAGAGGUUCAGAGGAGCUUCCUGUCUAACCUGGACCUGGAGGACCUGCGCACUGCUGUGGGCUUCCUCUUGUAUGGGCGAGAGCAGCAUCAGGCCUGCAUACUGUUUGCAUAGAUAGGGAUACACUGAGAGCCCUGCUUUGUUAUCCAGUCAGACAUCUCCAUUUGUAAUGGUUAAAGUCAGCAUUUACAUCUAGUGGCUGUGUAGCAGAGCGAACGCACUGCUCUGACAUUGUUAUACAUUAUGUGUGACUGACAGUGUAUUCCAGCAGUAAUGAAUUAUCAAGUGUUGUAAUUCAUGCAUGAACUUAAGGACUUAAACCCAAGUGCUUCUAGUGCCCCUUGUGCAAAAUGCAAUGUGUGUGCAUUGCAUCAUAGAUUAUAGAGGCUGCUGUUGGUAUCUUUUGUCCACUACAAUGAGUGUUUUUGACAGCACCUCAUAGCUAAAUGAUCUCAGGAAUGCUACAUGGUUUCUUUUAGAAGCUCUAAUGCACUUUUAGAUAUUUUCUAGGCCAGACCCUGCACAGUUGUUUGACCUUUGUGUUUGAUGAAAAUUGGUCUGCAUAUAAAGUUUGGACUGAUAAAGGUGAAGACCAAUGCCGAUAUUCUUCACAGUUAAAUGAAAAGUGGUACUUAUCCGACUCUACUGUGUAGGGUAAGUUUUAGAUAUUCACAGGUAACACACAUGUAACCGCCAGCACUCAGCUAGUUAAAAUGUUUGUGUGUGUAAGGUUGGAAGCCAAAUAAUUAUUAACUGAUUUUUUUUUUGUUUUGUUUUCCUUACAGUGGGUUGCACUUUAUGUCCAUGUCUGCCACUGUUAUGGCUCACUGGUGUUGGAUUGUUACCUAAUACCUACUGUGUACUGGUAAAUGACUUGUUAAGUCUACAGUUAAAUACCUGAUCAUGUUCACACAAUCAUGUGCUCAGUUAUAGAUACGAAGUUAAGUUUAUUUCAAAAUAAAGAAGGUAAGAAAUAUUUUGCAGCUGUUUCAGAAUAAAAGUAUCUGUAAUGAUCCUUGAGUGAAUUGUGCGAAUCAUUGUUUUUUUAAAAACCCUGUUGUUGUUCUUGUUGCAGUAUCUCUGGGAGUAAAGCAGUCAAUUUAGAUUUAAUUCAGAAAUACUACAAUUAAAACAUAACACUGCUUGUUUG